GCCGUAGGCCUUGCGUUCCGGUCCUCAAGCAACGUCCAAUCCAACAUGCCGGGAGUAAGAGAUAUCAGCCCUGACGCCUUCAUCAAGGCCUAUGCUUCCCACUUGAAGCGUUCGGGAAAGCUUGAGGUCCCAACAUGGGUCGACCUCGUCAAGACCGGUGCCUACAAGGAACUCGCCCCUUAUGACCCUGAUUGGUACUAUGUCCGUGCCGCUGCUGUUGCACGACACAUCUACCUCCGAAAAGACGUCGGUGUCGGCGCUCUCGCCAAACUCCACGGUGGUCGCAACCGACGAGGCAACCGACCCUCACACCACGCCGACGCCUCCACCAACGUCCAACGAAAAAUCUGCCAAUCCCUCGAGAAGAUUGGUGUCCUCGAGCAGACCGAGAACGGUGGCCGAAGAAUUACGCAAGACGGUCAGCGGGACUUGGAUCGUAUUGCCACUGCUGUUGUGGAGGCUGAGCGGGAGGAGGCUGAGGAUGAGUCUGAGGAGGAAGAGGAGGAGGAGGAUGACGAGUAAAUGCGUCCAGGAUUUGGGGUUGUUCAUGCGGUCCAUUCUGUCUUUAUCCAUGCCUUGCGUAACGUAUGAUCAAUCCCGACAUGUUUGCCUUUCUCAUUUUCAUGAUAUGCAACACGCAAUACAAAAACAUUGCAAUCACGGC